AGCCGCUCUGUGAUUGGCUGCCCGCCACGUCACUCACGAGGCUCGCACGAGCCGAGGACCAAUCGCGGUGUGCGCAAACCGUCGGACGCAGUCUUUGUCGAACGUUGUCAGCCACCAUCGCUUCGGGAGCCACGUCGAGCGUGUUCAUGGAUUCCAUCGCGUCGUGGUGACUCUCCGUGAUAUUUUUUCGUCCCCCUCGCCCCAGCCGAAGCGUCACUUCCCACCUCCGCGGCUCUCUUCUCGUCCCGCGCGGCCAUGGGCACCGUCCUCUCCAUCUCCCCUGCCACCAAGAAGGCCAUGGACGCCGACGACGGCGCCAAGGGCGACAAGAGCCUCAAGCGGCCCUCCAUGUUCGUGUCGCUGUCGUGGAAGAAGCUGGUGGCCAGCUCGGCGAAGAAGAAGGUGACCCCCAACCCGAACCCGCCGUGCGCUCCGCAGGUGGCCCAGCGCAAUAGCGAGAACCUGCGGAAAACGCUGCAAGGUGACGAGCGCAAGCCGCGAGCCCCCAUCCCCGUGCCGGUACCCACGGUGCCCACGCAGAGCAACAAGCAAGCGGCGGUGCCCAAGCGAGGCGGCAGCCCGUCUGCGGUGUCCCCGAGGCGGAUAGUGAUCCAGGCUUCCACCGGGGAGCUGCUGCGCUGCUUGGGGGACUUCGUGUGCCGCCGUUGCUACAAGCUGAAGGAGCUGAACAGCGGCGAGGUGAUCCUGUGGUUCCGCAACAUCGACCGGACUCUGUUGCUGCAAGGCUGGCAGGACCAGGGCUUCAUCACGCCGGCCAACGUGGUCUUCGUGUACCUGCUGUGCGAGGCCACGCUCGACGAGAGCCUGGCCAGCCCGGCCGAGCUGCAGGGCGCCUUCCAGACCUGCUUGUACCUGGCCUACUCGUACAUGGGCAACGAGAUCUCGUACCCGCUCAAGCCCUUCAUGAUGGAGGCCAACAAGGACGCGUUCUGGGACACCUCGCUGGGCAUCAUCGAGCGGCUCAGCGGCAAAAUGCUGCAGCUCAACGCGGACCCGCACUUCUUCACCGAGGUCUUCCAGGAGCUCAAGAGCCAGCGGGACUGCAGCGAGCCCAACCUGGACCGCUGACGUGCAGCGUGGCCCGCGCUUGCCGAACACAAAUACGACAAAAAAUAAUCAUCAGAAGAAGUCAAGAUCACUGGAGAACGGCUUUGAAUGUAAAGGCCAAUCCUAAAGGCUGGAUAUUGCUAAGAUAUCAAUGCGACGUUAGGGUCUUUAGACAGCAGGAGAAUUGACUACUCGUGCAUGCCAUCAAUGUUGUAUCGUUCUCCCUUUCUUUUUCUUUUUUUUAGUUACGUACGUACAUUGAAAUGCUAAUUGCGUUCAUGAUUCGCACGCUUUCUGGCGCAAGCGGUGCUCGAGGACCAGUAGAGACCAAGAGAUUGUGGUUCAAGUGCGCGUUCAGGCUGAGCUGUCCAAGGUGCUGACCUGUGCUGCUUUUUUUUUUUUUUUUUUUUUUCACCCUCUGCUUCAGUGGCACCUUGAGAUUCGAGUUUAAUUCAUUCCUUAAUACAUUUGACUCUCAAAUCAGCUUUCCCCAUUGAAAUGAAUGGAAACGCCCCAGCUUCCCCCCAAAAAAUACAGCAAAGAUUUUUGUAAUGUGGUUUUUAAUAAGGAAAAUAGCCCUCUAUAUAUUAAUCUGCAAUAAUAAAAAAUAAGAGUAAUAACAAUUAAAUAGAAUGGAAAGAAUUAAACAGGAUAGGAGCUCCUUCUAGUGUGCAGACACAAACGAAAAAGUGACUCAGUAAUAUGCAGUAAUAUUAGUUGUUUUUUUUCACAGAGGAUAAAGAAUAUACACGCUUAAGUAUUGUGAUAUUGUCUGUCUACACGUGUCGCUCCACCAUUUGUGUUCGAAUAUCCAAUGAUUAAAGGGUUUACGCCAGUGCGACCGUCAAUGCUAAAUGUUAGCUCAUCAAUGGCGUUUUUUUUUCAAUAUGUGUUAGCGUUAAGCUCGCAGGGGGUCUUCAUCAUGCAAAGUUGUUUGGUUGUUUUAAAUACACGUUUAAUUUUCUUUGUUUUGUGUUUAGUUUGGCAAUAACCUUCACCGCUCGUAUUGCAAGUUUGCAACUUGCAGGUCAAAGCAAAAAAAAAAAAAAACAUUAUUUUUUUUUUUAAAUCUCAGAAAACUCAUAAGACGUAUCUCAAGGCACCACUGUAUUUGGAGCCACAACAUAGUGAUGGAGAAAUCCAACCCAAUGCGCUCACUCCCAGUGCAUAAGACUAAGCCUUGUAAAUUGAGUUACAAACCACUUAGCACAGUAUGCUUUUUAAAUUAUUCUCAACCCCCUGUCUGGAGGACACGACACAUAUUGAUAUUUCCCCUUGGAUAUUACAAUGUUAAAAUGUGAAAAAGCCACACUGCUGCGUGGCAAUUUUCAUGCAUGGUAGACAUUUGAAUGUCAUUUGAGGGGAAUCCACAUAAGGGGAUGAUUUAAUCCAUACAAGGUGACCAAGGUCUGCGUCUUAGUGGUCUAUGAUAUAUUGUAGCUGAGUUUGUGUGUGUGUGUGUAUACUGUGGUGCCUUGAGAUAAGAGUUUAAUUUGUUCCUUUUUUUUUAUAUAAGAAAAAAAUUGCACUUUCAAGUAUUGUUCUGUAUAAAAACGCUUCAAUAUCAUUUACUCUACACAUACAGUAACCCGCAAAAGCGGAAAAUGUGAGCACAAAACACGACUGUACCUAAUGUUUUGUCCUCCCUUGUUCUUCUUUGGUGGGGCUUAUCGGCAAUUGGCACACCAUCUUAACGGGGCAUUAGCGCCACCAACUUAUAUUGUCCUUCCACUGAAAGUAAACCAGUGUGAAUUGAUGGUGGCUGGGUGUUAUGAAGCUUGCUUCUACCAUCUAGCAGUGGGGGUCUGAAGCGCACUUGAAUCUCAAGACAACAAAAUUGGGUAAAUUGUUCAAGUUAAGGCGCUCGUAUCUCAAGGCACCGCUGUACUGAAAGGAAUGUAUUUUUCCGUUUGCCAAGAAAAUACUUGGACAAUCUCAUAUGUGCCAACUGUUUCAUUAUCUUUGCCUGCUACAAUAUGGUUUACAUCAUAUUUUCCAUUUUAAUAUUUUAUUUGUGGGCCAAGCUUAACAAAAACACACAAGAAUGCCCUUUUUUUAGACUGACUGUAUGUAAAUAGUGAAUGUGAGUAUUGUAUCAUUUGCACAUUUGUUUGGGUUUAUAUGAACUAAAGUAUCACAUGCCUCUGAAAGCAACUUUAUACUGUACAUGGACAACAAAGCUUGGUGUCAUUAGUUAUGUUGCACGGUCAUCAUCGUUUGUACGAUGUUGUGUUGUGAAGCCAUUGCUCGGAGUGGAAUGUCAUGCUGCCAUUUUUUUGCACACCCGUGAACAAACCGUGAAUGUUUUGCACAUGUGAUUCAUGAUCAUUGACAAACAAUUCCUCCCAGACACUGGAUUAUUUGCCAUGCAUUUAUGAAAUUUGCAGCUAUGAAUUAAGGACGAUCACCUGUGAACUCCGUAUUUUGUACAGCUCAUUUUCCAAUCUGACUGGAAAGUGUUAUUUAAUGUGUAGUUUGACCGGUGUGAUAAACACUGUUAUUGCACCACAAUUCAUUCUAGCUACAUGUUUAAACAGUAAAUGGUCAGUGCAGUUUAUUGUUUAUGGUUACCAGGGUGAAAUAAAUCCUUUAAAACAG